AUGUUCCAUGGAUGGUCUUGCCCUGGAAAAGGCCAGCCACUGGAGUGGCAAAGUUUCUCGCUGAAAGCCUUUCAAGACGAUGAUGUCGAGAUCGCAAUCACUCAUUGUGGCAUUUGCGCCACUGAUCUUCAUGUAAUGAACAGCGAAUGGGGACCGACCGAAUAUCCUUGUGUUGCUGGGCAUGAAAUUGCCGGUGUGGUCACUAUGGUAGGUAAAAAUGUUUUUGAACUCAAAGUCGGCGAUCGUGUCGGCGUAGGCGCACACUGCGACUCGUGUCGCGAAUGCAAGGAGUGCAAAUUUGGCCAAGAAAAUUUAUGCCGCAACGGUACCACGCGGACCUAUGGCAGCCGAUGGCGCAACGGCGAUAAAACGUAUGGCGGCUUCGCUACAAAGUAUCGUGGCAAUCAGCACUUUGUUUUCAAGAUUCCAGAAGCAUUGUCGAAUGAGAUCGCAGCCACGUUUUUCUGCGGUGGCAUAGCAACUUUCGCACCGUUGAAAAAGUAUGGUGUAACAACCGGAUCGAGAGUCGGCAUUAUCGGUGUUGGAGGUCUGGGCCAUUUUGCUAUCCAGUGGGCUAAAGCGAUGGGCGCCGAAGAAGUUGUAGUCUUUUCAACAUCGGACAAAAAGCGUGCGGAUAGUGAGCAGCUGGGUGCGACCGACUAUGUCAUUUCUGAUACGGGCUACAAUAGUGAUUCAGCGCAGCAACAGGUAUUUCAAGAACGGAAAGGUUCCUUGUCGCACAUCAUUCUGUGUACGAGCUUCGGUAUACAGUUUGAUUGGGCACGAUAUUUGUCAUUGCUCGAGGCCAACGGGGUGUUUAUCAUGACUACCGCUCCUGCGAUAACACUUGACAGAAUUCCUGCCAGUAUUGUGCUACAGCGUCAAAUCACAAUAGUUGGCGCUGCCGUAGGCUCACCUAAGCAGAUACGUGAAAUGCUCGAGUUCGCCGCUGAAAAGAAUGUUCGACCUUGGAUCCAAAAGUAUCCUAUGGACCAAAUUCGGGAAGCUAUUCAGGCGCUGAAAGAGGGUAAAGCAAAAUAUCGUUUUGUCCUUGAAACUUAA